GCCUCGCCCACACAAGAUCCCAGCCCUCCAUCCUCCUCUCGGCAGCAGCCACGGCCACAGGAGGAGCCCGACACGACGCUGACCCCCGUGCGCGCCCACUACCUCAAGAAGACCCUGAUCCAGCUCCAGUUCUCCCACGAGCUCGCCGCCAUCACCUCCUCCCCCGCCUCCGCUCUCCCGAAUCUCUCCACGCUCUCCUACCUCGGCCCACCCUUCUCCCCACCCCCCCAAGGCGCACCCGCCCUCGACCUCCCCUUCCUCCGCUACAUCUUCCGCCAGUUCGUCCUCACCUUCCCCUUCCUCGCCGCCGCCCCCCGCGACUUCUUCCCCGACAAGGUCCAGCCCUUCGUCGCCUCCGUCCUCGCACGCAACCUCUCCUCCCCGUCCUCCAUACUCGGCGAUGGCCCCGACUCUGCGUCCGGUUCCAGCAGCGCCGAAGACAAUAGCCAGAAGAAGAUCAUGGCCAAGCUCGAGCGCAGCCUCGCGCUCUUCAUCAAUUACGCCACCAAGAUCGCCGAGCGCGAGGAGGUCGUCCGUCUCGCCCAGGCUGACCUCGACCGUCUCGAGCUCCUCGCUCGUCGCCGCCGUGCGCGCCUCGCCCGCAUGCAGGACGUGUUCGACGUGAACAUCGUCUGCGUUCGCACCGUCGUUGAGAAGGGCCGGGUACGCAGCCGCGUACACGAGGAGUUCAUCAUCCGCACCCGUCGCUCGCGAGCUCACGACGUGUACGUCUCGCGGCGGUACGGCGACUUUCGGACGCUCGCGGACGAGCUCCGUAAAGCCCACCCGGAAGAGACCGUGCGCGCGCCGCCGGCCAAGGACCGUGCCCCCUCCUCGACUCUUCUCUCCGCCGCGAGCACCGACUCGCCCCCGCCCUCUCCUGGCACGCCACAGAGCGCGACCACAACCAUCGGGGGCGCGAGUUCCUCGUCCUCGUCUGCCCACGCGCGGCUCGCGCGCGAGAAGAACCGUCUGACGCUGCGCGCGUACCUGCACGCGCUGCUCUCGACGCCCGCAUUUGCGUCGUCCCCCGUGCUACACUCGUUCUUGACGUCUGGACCGACGAUGCUCAGCCACGAGGAGCUCGCGGACGCGGCGAGGCGCGAGGAGGCGGACCGCGUGAGGGAGGACGGGCGUGCGCGCUUCGCGAGCGCUGUGGCGGGCCGGGUGGACAAGCUCAGGGAGAGUGUCAAGGGCGUGAAGGGCGACAUCAUGGGAAAAGAUGGGCUGACGCAGAUGUUCGCGAUCAUCAAGACGACGGAAAACGUUCGCGAGCUCCCGCCUGACUUCCAAGCCGUGCUCGAGUGGGCGCGCAUCUCACUAGCGUCGACGGUGUUCCAACAUUUUGUCGCGGCCGACGACGCGUCGGAGACGCUGGCGGGGCUCAAGCGCAUACAUGGAUUGAUGCCGUACUUUAUGCUAAAGACGGCGCUCAGGAUCAGCAACCCCGUCGGGAUGAUACGGAGCGUGCUCGAUCUGUUCCUGGCUCAGCCCUUUGGGGGACGCAGCCUGCUACAGCGGAUGUUCACGAGCUCGCUGAACGAAGAGGUCAAGGCGCUGGAGGAAGACAUCGAGGCGGUGAAGGACAAGGUGGAGGACGGGAUGAUCAGCGAGAAGGUCCGGCAGUACGUGUAUGCGCCGCGGGAGAUCCAGGACGUGUACAAGGCCGACGCCGCGCACGACAACGUCCACGUCCUCGCCGCCGUCCUCCGCGCCAGCGAGGAUCCCGCCCUGUCACGCGCACAGAUGCACCGCAUCGUCAGGGGCCACCGCGCCCACGUAGAAUACAUGCGCUACCGCGACUCGCUCGAUGACUCGGACGACGACGACGGCCCCCCGAACGAGGACGCGUGGCUCUUCGAGGAUCUGAGCAUCCUCGCCAAGCUCUACGCGCGGCUGCGCGAGAAGGAGCAGCUCAUCGCCCUCAUAUUCGAGGGCGUAACGGCGGAGCUGUUGAAAGACAUCAUCACGAUCUUCUAUGCCCCUUUGGCGCAGGUAUAUCGAGCCGCGAGCAUCGCCGACUCGCUCGGCGACCUGCAGAACUUCAUCAACGAUCUCAUCCGCACCGUCGAAUCCGCAGAAGAGCUGAGCCAGACCGACCCGCAGCAGACGGUCCAGACGUUCAUCGACCUCAUCCAGCGGCACGAGCAGUCCUUUUACCACUUCGUGCACAAGGUGCACUCCAAGGGCGAGAGCUUGUUCAAUGACCUCAUGCGCUGGAUCGAGCUCUUCCUCGCCGUUAUCCGCGAGGGCCUCGGCGCGCCCGUCAGCCUCGAGUUUCUACUCCCGCACACCGGCCCCGAGCGCGCCGCCGUGCUGGCGGAGGUGGACGCCGUAGCGCUGUACCACUACAAGCUCAAGAUCGCGUACGAGAGCAAGAUCCGGCGGCGCUUCGCGGGCGGCGCGGAGGGCGGCGGCGGCGCGGGCGUAGAGGACGAGGCGGCGCAGGCGCUCAUGCAGGGCGUCCUGCGGGACUUGAGCUAUGGCGAGCUGAUGCGCGGGGACGCGGAGGACGCGGCGGCGGAGGACACGGACGAGAGCGGGGAGGGGAGCACGGAGUACGAGACGGAUGAGGAGGACGAGGAGGAGGACGAGGAUGAGGACGAGGACGGGAGCACGCCGAGCUCCCCCCGCCGCCCGUCCCGCCGCUCCCGAAGCACAUCCCGCUCUCCGCGCGCUCCAAGCCGCUACCGCCCAGCCCGGGCGCCGCGGCAGCGCCCGCACUCCCGAGCGCGUCCAGCGCGCACUCGCACCACGAGCGCUCCGGCCCCGCAGAAGCAGAAGCGACAGCAGGCCGACGCGCUGAAGCCGCCCGACCUGCAACGGGUGCCCGAUCUGCUCCCGAUCUUUCUAGAGAUGGUGCGU